CCCAAAUUCGUUAUCCACGUCAGGGCAUUUGGCAACAACACCUUUUGCACUGCAAAGUCCAGGCCAUUGAUUGUUACCAAAAUUAGUACUCAUUUGGCCGGCCACCAGAAUAAAUAAAGAUACAACCCAAAUCUUUCAAAUAACCCUGUCAACUAGAUUGUUGCUCCCACGUUUCCUUGGUUGCUUUCGACUGGAGUAAUAAUGUAUUACAGCUUUAAUGACAACGGCUUUAAUUUUAAAUUCUAACGGACCCUUGGCCCCUGCUGGGCGUCUGGUGCAGCUUUCGAUUGCGCUCCUCUUUACUCUCUUCUUCAUCCAUCCCCCCUUCUCUCUCUACGUCGUUCCGUGGAAGGCUCAAGAGAUAAAGAAAGGAGGAGAAGCACCGCAUCUACCAACUCAAGGUCCCAAGUCCAACAAAAGAGAAGCAGAAGAAACUCCCGAAAGCCAACAGCUAAAGAAGCUUAGGAAUGGCGGGUUUUGUGGGAGUUUUGGUCUCCGAUCCCUGGCUCCAGAACCAGUUCACCCAGGUGAAACUCCGCUCCCUCAAAUCCCAGUUCCUGUCGAUAAGAGAUCACGGAUGCUCCGCCAGCAACCUGAAGCUCCGCCGCGAUGUCGGAGCUCAAGAUCGGCGGCGAUGGCCUCAGCGAGGCGGAGCGAGCCUCCUUUCUCCAAGAAUCCUUCCCCAGCCUCGACGAUAGUGUCGGCUUCGAGCUCUUCCUCCAGCAUUGACAUAUGGGAACAAAGCCGCAGGCACGCAUUCCAGCUCGAGUGUAGCUUACUAUUAUAA